GUAACACAGAGCGAGUACAUCUCUACUUGUAAACUCUUUUGUGAAAUCAUAAUAACCCAUUCAAAGGUAAAAACCAGUCAAAUGCGGAACCUGUUUGACAGUGUAAAGUUACCUGGAUUCAAUAGAUGAAUGCAGAACAUAGCAGCGGUGUUCAAAACAGUGACUCCUAUUGAGAAAAAAGGAAGUUCUCUCCACACAGCAACAUGGGGAACCGACAGAGGAGUGAAAAAUGCAAAAAGAUCAUCAAGGACAAUCUUCUGGUCCUCCUUAUGAUCCUAGCGGUCAUUAUCGGGGUGUCCAUGGGCCUAGGACUCCGCAGCCAAGUGUCGGCAGACGACAAGAAGACCAUCUUCUACUUAAAAUUCCCUGGGGAUCUGCUGUUAAAUAUGUUAAAGAUGUUGAUUCUUCCCCUCAUCGUGUCCAGCUUAAUCAGCGCUAUGUCUGGGUUAAAGGCCCAGGCCUCCGGCCGGAUGGGCUUUCGGACAUUGAUUUAUUAUUUCGUCACAACGUUCUGUGCGGUCAUCAUUGGCAUCGUGCUCGUGGUCGCCAUUGAGCCUGGGAAGAAAAGAGAGAGUGCUAUUGAGCGGAGCGGGAGCAGUAAGGCGGCGGAGGGGCUGUCCUCCCUGUUGGAUCUGAUUAGAAACUGCUUCCCAGACAACCUGAUAUCGGCAUGCUUUCAGAAAGUAGAAACAAAACCGCAGUAUGAAAAAAUUACAAUUUAUCCCCAAACAACGCCAGCCCCGAACAUGACAGGGAACUCCACCAUCACCAUAGAAACCACUGACACCACGAUGUCAAUGACCACAGCAGCCCCAAAGGUCAUAGAGGGGAAGCUCUUGUCCAUUGGUAUAGAAAUUCAAAGUGGAAUGAACGUUCUCGGGCUUGUGGUGUUCUCGCUCUUUUUCGGAGGUAUCCUCGCGAGACUUGGAGAAAAGGGAAAACCUCUGAUAGACGUGUUCGAUUGCCUACAUUUGGUCACGAUGAAACUAAUAAACCUUGUUAUUUGGUAUUCUCCAAUCGGAGUCACAUUUCUAAUCGCUUCAAAACUGGUUGCCAUGGAGAGACCAGCAGAGAUGUUCACGCAGCUGGGGUUUUACAUGUUGACGGUGUUGGUGGGGCUGGCCAUCCACGCCUUCAUCAUCUUACCUCUCGUCUACUUCAUCUUCACCCGGAAGAACCCCUACUCCUUUAUGUACGGGAUGCUGCAGGCUCUUCUAACUGCCUGGGGAACAGCGUCCAGCUCAGCCACUCUUCCUAUUACGAUGAACUGCCUGGAGGAGAGAAAUCACGUGGACCCCCGUGUCACUAUGUUUGUGACCCCUAUUGGCGCUACAGUCAACAUGGACGGCACCGCGCUUUACGAGGCAGUGGCAGCCAUUUUUAUUGCACAGUAUCUCGAUGAGCCAUUGAACUUUGGACAGAUCGUCAUUAUAAGUUUGACAGCCACAGCCGCCGCCAUUGGAGCAGCAGGAGUUCCGUCAGCUGGUCUGGUUACCAUGGCGAUAGUCCUGUCGGCAGUCGGACUUCCGGUGGAAGAAGUGAGGCUUAUCCUGGCGAUUGAUUGGUUUUUGGACAGAUUCCGCACGGCAGUGAACGUGCUGGGAGACUCGUACGGGGCGGGAAUCGUGAACCACUUGUCCCGGCAGGACUUGGAGGAAAUGGACCUUGAGGAGAACAAACAGAAAUACCUGACAGAAGACAAGACCAAUGGGUUAGUCAACGACUCGUACGACACCAAAGGGGACCACAGUACCAAAAUGUAAAGACUAUAGAAUAUAGGGGACCACAGUACCAAAAUGUAAAGACUGUAGAAUAUAGGGGACCACAGUACCAAAAUGUAAAGACUGUAGAAUAUAGGGGACCACAGUACCAAAAUGUAAAGACUGUAGAAUAUAGGGGAGCACAGUACCAAAAUGUAAAGACUGUAGAAUAUAGGGGACCACAGUACCAAAAUGUAAAGACUGUAGAAUAUAGGGGACCACAGUACCAAAAUGUAAAGACUAUAGAAUAUAGGGGACCACAGUACCAAAAUGUAAAGACUAUAGAAUAUAAGGGACCACAGUACCAAAAUGUAAAGACUGUAGAAUAUAGGGGACCACAGUACCAAAAUGUAAAGACUAUAGAAUAUAGGGGACCACAGUACCAAAAUGUAAAGACUAUAGAAUAUAGGGGACCACAGUACCAAAAUGUAAAGACUAUAGAAUAUAGGGGACCACAGUAUCAAAAUGUAAAGACUAUAGAAUAUAGGGGACCACAGUACCAAAAUGUAAAGACUAUAGAAUAUAGGGGACCACGGUACCAAAAUGUAAAGACUAUAGAAUAUAGGACGGUGUCAUUCCAAGAGUGUGAUUGACAGAAUGUCUGUAAUGUAGUGGAGGAUCUAUAAGGGGUGGGGUAUAGGGGUUAUUCCUCUGUAGUUGAAAUUUUUUGACGAAAUGUGUGAUUUUCCACUAUCUUGGAUCUACAUCACCUCUUCCUGCUAAACAGGCUUUUCCAGUUUGGGUCGCAACCCCCUCUUUUUUUCGGAUUUGUAAUGUGUAUAUUCCAAAAGAUGAUGGGGUUUUAUUGGAAAGACUAAAGAAGUGUUUCAUUACAGCCCUCACUUCAUUAUGUAAGCUUAAUUAACCAGGGAAAGUCUGAUAACUCUGUAAAUAUGUGUUUUAUCAGAGUCAUCAGGAAAAGUCUGAUAACUCUGUAAAUAUGUAUCAGAGUCAUCAGGGGAAGUCCGAUAACCCUGUACAGAUGUGUUUUAUCAGAGUCAUCAGGGAAAGUCUGAUAACUCUGUAAAUAUGUGUUUUAUCAGGGGAAGUCUGAUAACCCUGUACAGAUGUGUUUUAUCAGAGUCAUCAGGGGAAGUCUGAUAACCCUGUACAGAUGUUUUAUCAGAGUCAUCAGGGAAAGUCUGAUAACCCUGUAAAUAUGUGUUUUAUCAGAGUCCUCAUUUCAUUAUGUAAGCUUACAUGUAUAACAAGGGGAAGUCCGAUAACUCUGUAAAUGCAAAGUUACGGAAUAUUGAAAACUCAUUAUACGUAUUGAAGAACGUGUAUGAAUUACAUGUAACCAUAUAAUUUGCAUAUACGUUGUAUAAUAUUCCUUAAUUCUAUAGUAAUUUCUUCCUUUUAUGCAUCAUCAUUUAUAUGUGUUAUCGAACUGAAGGCAGUUUUCUCUAAUACAGCUAUCUCCGUUAUUGGCUAACCUGUUUAGUCGUGUUGUACUGUUGUAUCCUAUGGAAUAACUGGUUGACUUACUGAAAUUGACCACGUGGGACUAGGUCCAGCUCGUGGCUUCACUGUAGACUGCUCUGAGAUACUUAUGGGUUAUAGACUUUGUAUGGGAAAAUAUGUCGACCGAGUUUGUUUUUUUUUUUUGGCGCGUAGACGGACCGUGCUUGUGAGGUUUUACCGCGACAAUAAAUCGAGGUCGUUAUAUUUUUCCAUACAAAGUCUCAAUCUCUCACCAGAGGGCGUUACGCUACACUCCACAUCGUGAAAGUGAAGCUUGCGUAGCGCUCCCUCUGGUGAGAGAAUGACAAAGUCUAUAACCUUUUUAUUAUAUACUUUUAAUUUCAUUUAGUAACUAACAAUACUUUUAUUUUUAACAAUUUCUCUAUUGGUUUAACUGAGUAAAAUAUGAAAAACACGAAAACUUUUAAAAUUAACGGCGUAGUUCCGGCUUGUGUAUUGAUUGUGACGUAAUGUUUGCGGGCCGGAAUGUUUUCGGGCAUAUAUCGUGUGAUAUAUGCCCGCAAACUUUUAAAGAAAAAAGAAGAGAUGAAAUUUAAUAAAUGUAUAUAUAGUUUAUAUUUUAGGAACAUGUAUUCAAGUAUUUCCCUUUAAAAACGAAAAACAAUUUUCCAUAAUAUUUCUACCAUGUUGGUCAAAGUUCUGUUUAUUUAUCUAAAAUUAAAUUCAUUUCACGAAUGAAA